UUCAGUAAUUCCAUUCAAAACGUGAAACUUGUACAUUAUAUUCAUGCAAUGCACACAGACCAAUGUAUUUCCAAUGUUCAUUACAUUUAAAUUUGAUAUUCAUAAGUGACAACUAAUGAAAACUCCAAAUUUGGUAUCUCAAAAAAUUAGAAUAUUCUGAAAAGGCUGAAUAUAGAAGACACCUGCUGCCACUCUAAUCAGCUGAUUUACUCAAAACACCUGCAAAGGCCUUUAAAAGGUCCCUCAGUCUUGUUUUGAAGGCACCACAAUCAUGGGGAAGACUUCUGACUUAACAGCUGUCCAAAAGACAAUCAUUGACACCUUGCACAAGGAGGGCAAGACACAAAAGGUGAUUGCUAAAGAAGCUGGCUGUUCGCAGAGCUCUGUGUCCAAGCACAUUAACAGACAGGCGAAGGGACGGAAAAAAUGUGGUAGAAAAAAGUGUACAAGCUCUAGGGAUAACCGCACCCUGCAGAGAAUUGUGACGACAAACCCAUUCAAAAAUGUGGGGGAGAUCCACAAAGAGUGGACUGCAGCUGGAGUCAGCGCUUCAAGAACCACCACGAGGAGACUCAUGAAAGACAUGGGAUUCAGGUGUCGCAUUCCGUGUGUCAAGCCACUCUUGAACAAGAAACAGCGCAAGAAGCGUCUCGCCUGGGCCAAGGACAAAAAGGACUGGACUGAUGCUGAGUGGUCCAAAGUUAUGUUUUCUGAUGAAAGCAAGUUCUGCAUUUCCUUUGGAAAUCAAGGACCCAGAGUCUGGAGGAAGAGCGGAGAAGCACAGAAUCCACGUUGCAUGAGGUCCAGUGUAAAGUUUCCACCGUCAGUGAUGGUGUGGGGUGCCAUGUCAUCUGCCGGUGUUGGCCCACUCUGUUUCCUGAGGUCCAGGGUCAAUGCAGCCGUCUACCAGGAAGUUCUAGAGCACUUCAUGCUUCCUGCUGCUGACCAACUUUAUGGGGAUGCAGACUUCACCUUUCAACAGGACUUGGCACCUGCACACAGUGCCAAAACCACCAGCACCUGGUUCAAGGACCAUGGUAUCCCUGUCCUUGAUUGGCCAGCAAACUCGCCUGACCUUAACCCCAUAGAAAAUCUAUGGGGUAUUGUGAAGCGGAGGAUGCAAUACGCUAGACCCAACAAUGCAGAGGAGCUGAAGACGACUAUCAGAGCAACCUGGGCUCUCAUAACACCUGAGCAGUGCCACAGACUGAUCGAGUCCAUGCCACGCCGCAUUACUGCAGUUAUUGAGGCAAAAGGAGCCCCGACUAAGUAUUGAGUGCUAUACAUGCACAUUCUUUUCAUGUUCAUUCUUUUCAGUUGGCCAACAUUAGAGAAACAAACAUUUUUUCAUUGGCCUUUAGAAUAUUCUAAUUUUCUGAGAUACCAGAUUUGAUGUUUUCAUUGGUUGUCACCUAUAAAUAUCAAAUUUAAAUGUAAUGAACAUUGGAAAUACAUUGGUCUGUGUGCAUUGCAUGAAUAUAAUGUACAAGUUUCACGUUUUGAAUGGAAUUACUGAAAUAUUUUCAACCUUUUGAUGAUAUUCUAAUUUACUGGCCAGCACCUCUAUUUGCCUCUUUUUGCUCAAGGCUGCAUGUUGUCUUAUUGAUCCUCAGGGUACGGUGUUAAACUCCUGGAGGGCAGUGUGGGUGGUGUUGUCAGAAGAUGGUUUGGAAUUCUAUAAAAAGAAAACCAACCAGUCGCCGAAGGGAAUGAUCCCGCUGAAGGGAGCCACACUCCUCAGCCCCUGCCAGGAUUUCAGUAAGAGAAUGCUGGUCUUCAAGAUCACCACAGAGAAGAAACAAGAUCAUUUUUUCCAAGCCUCAUACGUGGAGGAGAGAGAGUGCUGGGUGAAAGACAUCAAGAAGGCCAUUACCUGCCUGCAGGGUGGGAAGAGGUUUGCCAGGAAGUCCACGCGGCGCUCCAUUCGCCUGCCUGACACGGUCAACCUCGCCAAUCUCUACACAGAGAUGAAAGAUCAGAAAAAUGGAGUGAAGGAGCUGAAACUGGAGCAAGAUAAUCGCGUUUUCAACCACUGCUUCACAGGUGCAACAGUGGUGGAGUGGCUGGUUUCGAAUGGGCAGGCAAGAAACAGGCCCGAGGCCCUGAUGUUAGCAACAGGGCUUCUGAACGAGGGCUUUCUUCAACCUGCGGGGGACCUGUCCAAGGAUGGAGCAGAGGCUGGAGAGCAAACAACCUUCUUAGAUCAAACAAAAGCUCUUUACUACUUUGCAGACAGCGGCUUUUUCUGUGAAGGCUACUCUAGCGACGAAGAUGUUCUCCUGAAGGAAGAAUUCAGAGGAAACAUCAUAAAACAAGGCUGUUUGCUCAAACAGGGGCACAGACGAAAAAACUGGAAAGUACGGAAGUUCAUUCUGAGAGACGACCCUGCUUAUAUCCACUAUUCUGAUCCCUCUAAGGCCGAUGAUCCUCUGGGCUCCAUUCAUCUCCGUGGAGCUGUGGUUACAGCUGUGGAGUACGUUCCUGAUGCCAAAAAGUAUGACAUUGAUGGCAACCUCUUUGAGAUCAUCACAGCAGAUGAGACUCACUACUUCCUCCAAGCUGCAACAGCUGAAGAAAGAAAGGAGUGGAUCAAAGCCAUACAGACUGUGUCAAAAAGUGGGAAAUAACAGAAGCUGUUGAGCAGCGGGGAAUAUCUGCCAGCCACACUCGUAACAAAACUGGAUUGCAAUCAAACUUUUGCAUCUUUUAUGUUUUUUUGUGGUAGAAAAACUGGCAAGUUUAUACACACAAAUGAUGGGUUUGUGCACCAUGCACAAAAUGAUGAAAAAAACAUAAAUAUGGUACAAUUCAGUUAGUCGGGGUUUCAUUAUGAAUAAGUAUGCUCUUAUUCGUCGUAAAGAAUGAUUAAAAAAAAGCUGGCAAGUAAUUCUGAAACCAGCACAGUUUAUAUAUUUGCUUUUGUUCCUAACUAUUUAAAUGCAUGGGCUGGUAGAAAACCAAAGCACAGAAGCUUUCUUUUUCGUUUUUAAAUUUGAUCUCACACCUUAAAAAGGUGCUGCACCCAAAACAUUUAAAAUGCUUCUGGGAUGAUGUCAAAACGGAGUUUUCAGACUCAUCAUUUACCCACUGUGGUUUAGUGAUUUCCUCCGUACUUACUUGCUUUUCAAGAGGGUUUCUACUAUCAAACGAACACACUCAGUUCCUGUGUGCAAUCUGUCGAUGCUUCUCAUCCUCCCGUUGACGUUUCACAGUCACUUUGUCACUUACAUGCCUUCUGGAAAAUGUAAGACAGCUUAUCGGCAGUAAAAAUGAUUGCUUGAGUGACAGACAGCAUGACGGGAUGGAAAGAGUCCGCCACAGAAGGGACAGGCAUGUUUAGAGGAAUCGUGUUAUUAGAAUUUCCCCAGUUUUGUCAACUCCGCUCUGACAUCCAAUAACCCUCUCAAUUUUUCUGAUACAACUUUCAUUUUUUCCCCAGAUGUCUGAUGAGUAAAAUUAGGUUAAUGAGCACACUAAAGCCAGGAAAUCAUGAAAUUAAAUAAUUGCACUAAAACCCAAUGGUCCAAAUAAAACCUCAUUCUGUACUUUACAGAUUAUUGUUUUAAUCUACUUCUUAAAUAAGGAAAUAAUUUAAGCAAAUAUUGAAAAUGACUUCUUCAUGCAUUGUGUCUUUUUCAAACACCCGAGGGCGCCAUUUAUCAACUGAUUAUUGUUCCUCUAAGCCACAUCAGAGCAAAUUGCAAAGUGGGAUCUUGAUUUAGGACUGCAGAGACACGUGCAUGUGCAGGUAAAUGCAUGUCGGGGUUGACAUUUUUAAAAUCUGGUUUUCUUUGAUAAUAGUUAAAAGAGAAAAAGUCAUAAAACUGAUAAAAAGGUUUUUUAAACUAAGGCUGUUGCCUCUAAACUGUGUAAUUAAUAUGAUUAAUUUGUCUAAAUUACCUAAAUGAUGUCAUCCUGCACCUAUAAUAUCUGAGUGGUUUAGGAAGGCUUUGGUUUUUACUGUGCCGUUAGUGCGCCUGCAUCUCCACAGAUGAGUGACUCGUUGUUAAUCCUGGAAGUGGAAAACUAACAUGAAGUUACCCCGUUUGACACAGCAACAGCAUUUAAAGUGUAUCGUGUUCACAUCAAGCUAAAGCAUUAACAAGAAAACAUCAGGCAGCUGUUACUGAAUUUAAGUUGUUCUUCUGUUUUCUACUCUGUUUAUUACAGCAUCAAACAGGCAUGUAGAGGAUCAGGAUCCAGCCGUUAUUUUUCUACUCUUCAAAUAAGAUAAAAUGCUUUGAAGAUUUUGGUAACUAAUGUUUAUCUUCACUGGAGAGGCAGGGACUACUUCUACACGUCUAAACAGUUCUCUUAGCAUCUCAGUGAUCGAGGGUUUUCUUUGUUCUGUAGCUGGUGAAGACAUCUGAUUGCCAUCAUAAUUCUGUUCUGUUAAUAAAUAAGCAAAGUUUGUUUUGUAGCACGUAUAGAAAGAUAAAUCAUAAAGUGAUUCACGAAGGUCAACAAAGUAAAUAAAAAUGUCAUAAAAUCGUAAAAUGAUCAUAAAGACAAAACAGCAACAUAUCACACAACAAAGGUAAAUAAAAUCAGAAGACGUGAUUAAACAGGUGAAGAAAACAAAAACGAUUCAUGUAAAAUCAGUUUUAAAAGGUCUGGGUUUUUUUUGCUCUUUCUGAAUUAUAACUCAAAGAAACUUCACCAUUUACUGAGUAAAACUACUUCCACUCCAUCACAUCACAUUUUUUCUUACUUUAAUUAAAUUGACUUUCUUUCACAAGCUGCACUAAAAAUCAUUCAACAUAAUUGUGUGAAUGAUUGAUCAAAACAAUCUGCACCUGCAUAUCAUUUGGUAAAUAUAGAGUUAUAUAAAUGCAUUGGAGGAUGAGUCACUGAAAAAAUGGGAAUAAUGUAAAAAUCACUUGCUUUGAACAUAAAAAUCGAACACUUCUCAGUUAAAUAAAGGUAAAAAUAUAAGGAA